AUGGUGUCUGGGACUAUUGCUGGACCGUCAUGGGCCAUCAGUGACCCCUCAGGAGCGCUUAACUUCAAUGGAAAGGCCGUCUUACAUGCGUCCGGGGUGAACUUUAGCAAUGGCUCGUCAUUCGCGAUCAACAUGACCCAGCUACAGCUCGAAGACGAGCUCGGCAAGGGCGCAUAUGGUACCGUGAAGAAGGUUCUCCAUAAGCCCACAAAUGUUGCAAUGGCUAUGAAGGAGAUUCGCCUUGAACUAGACGACUCCAAACUCAACGCCAUCAUCAUGGAGCUUGACAUUCUCCACCGAGCAGUAGCGCCAGAGAUUGUUGAGUUCUAUGGGGCAUUCUUCAUCGAAUCGUGUGUAUAUUAUUGCAUGGAGUACAUGGACGCUGGAUCGUUAGAUAAGCUUCAAGGUGCUGGAGUGCCGGAAGAUGUACUAGGACGCAUCACGGGGAGUAUGGUCCGCGGACUGAAGUUCCUGAAGGACGAGCUUCAAAUUAUCCAUCGCGACGUGAAGCCUACGAAUGUGCUAGUGAAUCGCAAGGGUCAAAUCAAGUUGUGCGAUUUCGGUGUAUCAGGACAACUUGAAAAGUCACUCGCGAAGACGAAUAUUGGAUGCCAGAGUUAUAUGGCGCCCGAGCGCAUCAAAGGCGAAUCGCAAAACAAUGUUGCCACAUAUACUGUCUCCUCCGACGUCUGGUCGUUGGGUCUCUCGAUGAUCGAGAUGGCGAUAGGGCGGUACCCGUAUCCGCCGGAGACGUAUGCCAACGUGUUUGCACAACUUACUGCAAUUGUGCACGGUGAUGCUCCAGAGCUUCCGGAAACAUACUCGGAAAUCAGCAGGGACUUCGUGGCGCGGUGUUUGCAUAAAGUCCCAGAGAUGAGGGCCACGUACGCGGAGUUGCUGGAUCACCCAUUUAUGCAACAGGAUCGUGAACGGGAAGUUGACAUGCCGAAAUGGGUCGAGCAAGCGCUCGAACAUCGCGACAAGAAGCUUGCAAUAGAACGACAGCAGAAGUCGGUGCAGGAUGGCACCUCCGUUCCGCCACCAUCAUAACUGCUCAGAAUACCACCUUUUGCCGUCGCCUAUAGGACGCGACGUCCCAUGCCCUCAUAUAGAUUGUUAAGGAACCUGAUCGUGGCCCAAGACACCAAAAUAUGCGGGCAAGCGUCAAAGGGGCAGGCUCUUGUACUCGGUUUCACUCAUUGUGUGGGACGCGACAUCGUUCUGUCCUUGUUGUCACAUCUUGCUGUUCUCCGCUUGCCGUUCUCCGCUUGCCUGCGUCUCCUGCCGGACACUCGGCGAAUACGCGAAUUCGAUAGUCCAUGUCGCCGUCCUCACCUGUGCCAGCCCUCCUCCGACCUGCUCUGUCAUACUCAGCAUAUGCCUUUCGGAGGGGUCAUUGAAAAGCAUCAUGGGUUGUU